CUAGGUGUAAGUAAAUUGUACAGAGGAAAAAAUGUUGCACUUUCGCCAUGUCUAGUUUGUUUUCUGCUAUAUUAAUAAACUAUUUUUCUACUGCGUUAUCGACUUCAAUCUCUUCCCAAUACUUCGAUUAAUUAAUUCCUCAAUUAAUACCCGCCUCUUUUAGUUUUUUUUUUUUUUAAAUACGCCAAAUGUAAGUAAAGUAUGCAAGAAGAUGCCGAAUAAAACUUAAUCGAUAAACAGAACCCACUGAGUUUCUCGCCAGUUCUUCAUAGUUUAACCGUUCCGGUGAUAAAUUCAGACGAAGCACGGCUCUUGAUAAGGUAGAUGUUAGUAAGUUCUUCCAAGCUGAGCCACGUUAGUUGACCCAUCAAUCAAGGUGAAGCCAGAAUAGGUCCUCGAGACAAAAAGAAAACGGUAAAUUAUUAGGUCUUUACCAACCCAACCAAGUGUUUCAGCCAAACGUCCGCUCUCGCCGAGAAAAGACAGCUAAGACUGGUUCAGACAUAUUUCUGCACCUCACAAAUGACGCCGGACGGGCAAUCAACAGUGUCACGACACGUCACGUCAUUCGCUCAUCCGAAGUUAUGUGCCAACUACAUAAUAAUAUUUUUAAUAUUUUGGAGUUUACUCCUUUAGAAUCGAUUUACAUAUAUAGGCCCGGGGUAUGAAAAUUAUGGGGACCAAAAUCGUACUAGCAUGUCACACGAAAUGCGUUAUGCGCCUGAUUGGCUCCUGAUUGCGUGAUGCGUGCGCGCGCCAAUCAAAAUCGUACUAGCAUGUCACACGAAAUGCGUUAUGCGCCUGAUUGGCUCCUGAUUGCGUGAUGCGUGCGCGCGCCAAUCAGGAGCCAACGCGCGGCCGCGUUAUCGCAGGUGACGCCGGGCUGCUGCGCCGGCAGUCCGCCACAAAGCCUCGUACUGAUCGCGCGUUUCUCUCAUUAUUGUAUUUUCAUAUAUUUGUUAGUCGUUUGUUUUGUGUCUCGUUAAUUUGUUAAUAAUCUGUAGUGUAUCGUGUUGUCGUAAUAUAGAACUAUUUCUCGUAUUGUUUCGUUUAAUUUUUUAUAUCCAGUAAACUCCAGUCGUGCGUCGGAGCGGACACACACACUUUUUUUUUAAUAUUUUUAUCAGCAUAGCAUUGUAUGCUAUGCUGAUAAAAAUAUUCUUGGUACACUAACUGUUACCGACAAACAAAUAUUCAAUUCAGUAGGUUUAAAUUAUAUUUGUAACAUAAAACUGGAGAAUCGAAGAUAAAAAUCACAAGAAUAUUAAUAUCAGAAUCACUUUUUAUAGUCUCGUCGUUUAAAUAUUAAUAAGGUCACCUAAGUAAAUCAAUUUCACUGUUGUUUUAAUCAAUUAAUUCCGCGAACGCGUGGAACCUUUAAGUUUUAAUCUGCGUCCAGAAUUUUCAACGCAAUGCACGUUUUAUUCGUGAUAACAGCUUUUAUUAUCACAGAUAUUAGAGGAAAUGAGACAACAACUGAACGUUUGUCCAAGAUAAUUCGUAUAGUAAUUUCUAAGCCAGAAACGGACAGCGAAAUUGUCUUAGAUGAUAAUGACGGAAAUAAAAUAUCGAGCGAGGUUACGAGAAUUCAACACGAAACGGAUCCGAAUGAUUAUGAUAAUGAUGCUAUUUCAAAAUCAGGCUUCGACGGAGAUUACUCUUUAGAAGAAUUUGCCGAAACAUUUAAAUAUGAACCAGAAGGAGCAGAAAAAAUACAGAAAAAAGAACAAUUUCUGAACGAUGUAAACAAUAUUGCGAGAUCCUUAAACGUUUUAGUGAAUGUCGAUAAAAUUGAUGUUAUUAAUGAUUCUACGAAGAAAUCUGAUUCUAGGUCCGAUUUAAAUAACAGAAGAUCUAACUUUAUACAAACGAAGCACAAUCAUGACGUGAAUCCUGGGGUGGUACUGUUUUACUCACCCAUCCUCUACUGUCUCACGCCACAAGGGCACACAAGAAUUUGCGAAAAAUAUACCAAUCCAGGGAUAUAUCGUUCACCGCAUUUCUUCCAAAAGGCUUUGCUGUCGCCAAUCAAGUUGCCACUGAGACAUCAUCACCACGAACCGAUGUUGCCAAUUAACAGGAUCGUAUUACCUUCAUUGACCAGUAAAGAAUAUAGAAGAAAACUAAAAGACCAUACCUUUGAUUCGGUGUAUGGUUCUAACAGACAUUCAAAUCGCAUUUGCGCUGUUGGCCAACAAAAUUAUCCGAAUCCAUACGAUACCGUGCAAUGUUAAAUGGCAUCUUUGGUUACAUUCAGGCAAUGUUCAAGCUCUGUAGAAUUUAAUUUGAUUCACAUCUUUACGUAAUAUACAAAAGCGAACCGUA